UUCCGCUGAAAACAGGAGUAGCCAGUGUUUUCAACGGAACUUACCUGUCUGUUUCAUAAGUUAAACCGAAAGCAGUCGAUGACUGUGUGCCAUUGCGGAGGAUUUAGAAUCAGAAAAUAACUUUACAUGUUAGGGCCUCAAAUCAUCUAGCAGGAAGAGAAGCAGAAACCUGCCUGUAAAAUGAGUGUGAAUGAGGAGAGAGAGGAGGAGGAGGAGGCUUCUGUUCACACUCAGAGAGCAGCAUCUCCAGGAUUCAGUUAUGUGUCCAUGAAGAGUAACAACUCCAUUGGUCUGCCGCCUGAUCUCAGUGAUGGACCUGCUCUGAACUCUGACUCUGUGUAGUAGAAGUGAAAUUAUCUAAUUAUCAUCGUGAAUCACUCACUGAGGUUUAUUUCUCUGAAAAGUAAAUCACUUUAUAAAGACAAAAUGAAGGGAUGCUGGCCACCCACAAAGGGUCUAUCAGGAGUUUUUUACUUUUCAUGUGAAGUAUGAGCUUUAAGCUUAAAUCAUCACAAUGAUUUUUUCAACACUGAAUGAAAUGGAAUUCUCUUUAAACCACAAUCUUAAAGUGUGUCUCUGAGGUCCACUCCUCUCUUUAAAAUCCUCCAUUUUGAUAGGCAUGCCACAUUCAAGACAUGGAAGUAAACGGCCACUGCUAUGAUUGGUAUCAUCAGCAAGAAGAGAAAGAGAGCAGCAUCUCCAGGAUUCAGUUGUGUGUCCAUGAAGAGUAACAACUCCAUUGGUCUGCCGCCUGAUCUCAGUGAUGGAUCUGCUGUGACCUCUGACUCUGUUGUGGAUCACAGAAGAGAGUUCAUGAUAACAUCAAGAUUACACAAAUACGCCUGUGAUCUCACACUGGAUCCAAACACAGUGAACCAUUACCUCGUUCUGUCUGAGAAGAACAGGAAGGUGACGGAUAUGGGACAGAAUCAGUCAUAUCCUGAUCAUCCAGAGAGAUUUGAUCAUUAUCCUCAGGUUCUGUGUGGAGAGACUCUGACUGGACGCUGUUACUGGGAGGCUGAAUGGAGUGGAGAUGCUGAAAUAUCAGUGGCUUAUAAAGGAAUCGAGAGGAAAGGAAACAGUGAUGACUGUUGGUUUGGACGUAAUGAGAAGUCCUGGAGUCUGAUCUGCUCUGAUCACAGAUUCACUGUCAUUCACAAUAAUAAUGAAACUGUCAUAUCUUCUUCUUCAGUCAGUAAGAGAGUGGGAGUGUUUGUGGACGUGUCGGUCGGCACUCUGUCCUUCUACAGCGUCUCUGACACACACACACUCACACACUUACACACAUUCACACACACAUUCACUGAUCAACCCCUCUGUGCUGGAUUUGGACUUGAUUAUUCAAACUCUUCAGUGUCUCUGUGUCACAUUAAACAACACUGACUGACACACACACACACAAACGCAAUCACACACACACACAGAAUCAUGAGUUCAGAUAAAUAGAGGUGAUUUUCCUAAGACAGAGAGCUGAAACAGAUUCACUUUGAGAUCUUUUGACCUGAUACUGAAACACAGAACUGAAUUCACUGAAUCACACACAGACUGACUGUACUAUCACAAUAUAAAGGUCUAUUAUAGAAAUCAAGACUAAAUUACUAAAUUUAAUGGGGGUCAGCUGGUGAGAGCUGCAGGUAAACUUCACUCCGUUGAUCUCAAGAGAUCCAGCAGUGACUGACAUCAGAGACUACGGUCUUUAGCGUCUUUUGUUAGAUUUUGUUGUAUUUGGCCGUGCAGUCGUUUGGGUGGCUCGCCAAUGUAUUCGAUUUCUCUAAUACAUAAAAUAAGUAAGCUCGACCAGAGUUCUUGUGGGGAGAAGAAUUUAUUGAAGGUAGUAGUGUAGGACAGUUCUUCAGUGGCGAUGUUAGCGUCAGCCUUCAAAAUACCUUAACCCAAAGUUCUGUCUGUGGGACAGAACUUUAUACAAGAGAUAAAAAGGGCUACAAACAAUAGUCAUUCACACCCAUCAGUUGCUGUGGGCCAUACAGUAUGUCUGUAGGGCCAUUCGGUUCACACCUUUACAAACACAGAGUUGAUUGCAUCUGAGGCACAGUCACAAUGCAAAUGCAUCUAACCAAAGACAAUGAAAAUACACAUAAUCUUUCACUUUGUUAGUGCUCCUGCCUCCCAUGACGGAGACUCUGGUUCGAAUCCCACUCAAAACAUGUCCAGCAGACAUAUACACAACAAGAACGGGAAAAUUAGGAACCACGUGACUGAGAAAAGAAUGUGUUGAUUAAUGUGAGAAGAGGAAACCUGUUCACCAACAUCUGACAUUUCUCUGUUUCAGAGUGUAUGUUUCUCCAGAUGUUUCUCGUGUCUUGAUAAAGAGGUCAUUUUGUUGUUGUCUUCUGCUCUCACUACAUGUAUAACUAAGAGGAAAAUCCUUGAGUUUCUUCAUCUAGCAUGUGUUGACAGCUGAUUCUCCUGACAUCCUGGACACACUUGGAGAAAUAAAGACGAAUUAUAAUGUGCUUUAAUGUGUUUGAACACACUGGACUCGUCCUUCAUCAGAGGGUUUUUAUGGCGCUGAUGAAGAUCAUCUUUGGGACAGUUAUCAUCACUGCGGGUCUGAUGGAGCUGCUCAGUCCUGAACACUGACAUUAUACAUGUAUACAUACUGACAUUAACAAAAAAUUGUAAUCGAGUCAUUAGAUGUUGGAAAAGAUGUUACAAAGUACUGCUGGAGAAAAGUAUUUAUAUAAAAAUACACUUCAGACGCAAAACCUUGCAGUUAAAAUCAUGAACCUCAUCUGUAUGAAUUGGUUUGCUAUAUAAUGUUAUAAUUUUAACCAUGUUUAAUGUUUUUUGUUGUUGUUAAAACAAACAUCUGUCUGCAAGACCUCAAUGAUAUUGAUAUCAUUAGAUAUUUUGUAUUAUCGGUUUCAAACGUAAUAAAUUUAUAAACGUUGUAUAAUUGUUCUUGCCAUAACUUUACAGAAUGAAUAAAAUCAUGAACACA